GUUGUCGUCAAAACAGCAGCACUUCCUGGUUUGAAGAAAGCGGCUGCGUCGGAAAGGAGGGAUGCUUCUUUCAAAACCGAAAAGAUAAUUGAUAACUGAUUUUAGAGAUAGAAAGUGUUAUUAUAUUUGGCUUUGAGAGAUUUACAAUGGGGUUAUUGACGAUACUAAAAAAGCUGAAACAUAAGGAGAGAGAGAUGCGCCUACUGAUGCUUGGACUGGACAAUGCUGGAAAAACCACCAUACUGAAGAAAUUCAAUGGCGAAGAUGUCAGCACCAUUUCUCCCACAUUAGGAUUCAACAUAAAGACACUAGAACACAGAGGGUUCAAGUUGAACAUCUGGGAUGUGGGGGGUCAGAAGUCACUGCGGUCGUACUGGAGGAAUUAUUUUGAGAGCACAGAUGGACUGGUGUGGGUGGUGGACAGUGCAGACAGAUUAAGACUGGAAGACUGCAGGAAUGAACUCAGUACACUUUUACUGGAAGAGAGACUAGCAGGAGCCACUCUCCUGGUGUUUGCCAACAAGCAGGAUUUGCCUGGGUCAUUGUCUAAGGAUGCCAUCAGAGAGGCACUAGCUCUGGAUGAGAUUAAGACCCAUCACUGGUGUAUAUUAGGCUGCAGUGCACUGACGGGAGAGAAUCUCCUGACAGGUGUUGACUGGCUUCUGGACGAUAUCGCUGCUCGGAUUUUUACAGCAGACUGACAAAACACCAUUACAUUUAAAAAUGUACAACUACAAUGGUGUUUCUACAGUUAUCACCAUCUUCUCUUCCGUUAAUAACCCUGACCAGGCACCAUAGGCUGUGUGGUAAUGUUUCCUUUUAGAAAGAGACAUUUGUUUAAUGUUGCCUCAUUUCUAUUACCCACAUAAAAGGCUAAAUGGUUCAUGUGUUAAGAGCUAAAAUGUUCAAACUAAACUGUGUGAAAGCCAAGAUGCUUGUGUUGCAGCUGUUAAUGUCUAAAAGGAACAUUCAUGGUUUCUGAAUUUUGUUUACCAAAUGAUUUUGACUUGCUCCUGCACUGCUUGUGUAAAAAAAAAAAAUGAAAAAAUAAAAAGGUUUAAAAAAAUAA